UGGCACAGUAUCGUGUACUUAGUGUGCCAUCAGGCACAUUGCAUUUUGUGACAUGCUACGGUCCUCGAACAAACUAUCUCAAUAUCUAUUCUCUGCAUUGGAAAUGCCUUCUCCUGUGACUCCCCCAUCGCUGAAACCGGGGGCAACCAUUGCUUUCAUCUCACCCUCAGCACGACUCAAUGACAGAUUUCCUGCUGCUGUGUCUCGCGCAACAGCAGUACUAUCGGGCCAAGGGUAUCAGGUCCGAAUUUUUUUCACGCAAGAUUCAGGCACCCAAUCGUCCAUUACCAACAGGCUCACCGAGAUCCGUGCCGCAUUUCUAGACCCUACUAUUACAGCCGUUAUCUGCACUAUUGGUGGUGAAUCAUUCACUCAGCUCUUGCCAGCCCUGAUCGCUGAUGGAGAACUACAAACGCACAUCCACACCAAUCCUAAGAUAGUGGUUGGGGCCUCUGAUAUGACUGGAUUGCAUUGGUUCUUGCACGGACUUACUGGACUGCGCACCUUUUACGGACCGAGCGCUAUCCCGGAGCUCGGCACCGCUGACCCCAUCGAUGAUGAGGCAUCUCCGCUCGCUUUCUGCGUGCGAUCCCUUUUCGGCGCAAUCACAAAGUCGGAGCCGAUUGGCGACAUCCCGCGCUCACCGGUUUAUGCGCCCCAGGCGCCCUCGUUCUUUCGUAAGCGCGACUCCGUGGACAGACAAGAAGUAGCCCCCGCGGCAAGAUGGGAAUGGCUCCGCCGUGGAAAAGCCCAAGGCCGCCUCUUCGGAGGCUGUUUGACUGUUGUGGUACGGCUCAAUGGAAUUCAUGCAAUUGCCCCUGACUGGCGCGGUCGCAUUAUCUUUCUCGAGACAUCCGCAGGUGAAAGCAGAGACCUGGGUUUGGUGCAGAUGGGGAUCGCCGACUUGAUCGCUCAGGGUGUCUUUGAAGAAGCGGCCGGCCUGGUGAUUGGGAGGCCAUAUGGGUAUGACUCUCAGGAGCGCAGAGAUGAAUAUACCAACGCUUUCAAGGAGCUAUUAUGUAAGGGCGGCCUGGCUGCGUCUAAGAACCAAUUCCCAAUUCUGUUUAAUGUGGACAUAGGUCAUACCACCCCAAUGGUCACUUUGCCGUUCGACGUGCUAGCUGAAUUGGACUCGGAGACUGAUCGGUUCACUAUACUAGAAGCUGGAGUAAUAUGAGAAUGUUCGACAACUGUGGCAGUUUCUUAAAUCAAUAUUCUAGGCUUCACUAUUCAGUUUCCCAAAACCAAAUAGCUCUUAGUGGCAUGUCACCUUAAACUCUUGAGAACGACUAG